UUGAUAAUGGACCACCGCACCCACUAACGUUAGAAGCUACCUGAGAAUCUGGAGCAUCCCUGUAUUGUUACCCACCGACCCAGCAGCAGCAGCCUCAGUGAGCAGCCCCACAGCCUCAUGUUGACGGUCUGAGCAGACAUGGGAUUCCGGCGGGGAGAGAUCCGUCAUCCAUCCCUGAGUUAGCUGACUGGAGGCUUUUUAUUUCUCAUUCAAAAACACAUCCAACACCAUGGCCAAGCAGUACGAUGUGCUCUUCCGACUCCUGCUCCUCGGAGAUUCUGGGGUUGGGAAAACAUGUUUGCUAUGCAGAUUCACGGACAACGAAUUUCAUCCAUCCCACAUCUCCACCAUCGGAGUCGACUUCAAAAUGAAGACGCUGCAAAUAGAUGGUAUCAAAGUGAGGAUACAGAUAUGGGACACUGCAGGCCAGGAAAGAUACCAGACCAUCACAAAGCAGUACUACAGACGAGCACAGGGAAUCUUCCUGGUGUAUGAUAUCACGAGUGAGCGGUCUUUCCAGCACAUCAUGAAGUGGGCCAGUGACGUGGACGAGUAUGCUCCGGAGAAGGUGCAGAAGAUCCUCGUGGGGAACAAGUCAGACGAGGUGGAUAAGAGGCAGGUGGCCACAGAGCAAGGUCUGAAGCUGGCCAAGGCUUAUGGGAUGGACUUCUUUGAGACAAGUGCCUUCACCAACCACAAUAUAACAGAGACUUUCACGCGGUUGUCAGAACAGGUGCUGGCCGCCAACAAAAAGGACCUGGAUCUCCUCCGGAUGUCUAUUAAUGAUGAGAUUAAUCUUGCUGCUCUGGAGGAAGAAGAAGGACUCUGUGACGGCGCAGCAGGUGACCAAGGCAAAGGCUGCUGGUGUUAAAGGAAAGAAAGAAGAAUCGAAGCUAAUUACCUGUUAUCACCAGACUCUUUGCACACUUUGGAUGAAGUUUGUCUCCUUUUGUUGUCGGCUGAAAUGAAGAGGAACACUUUUGCUGAGAUGUUGAAGCCAGCCGAGUUCCUCUGUCUAUCAUGUAACAAGGUACCAAGUCAAUAAAUGUUGGUUUAAGCAGUUUGAAGGACGGAUAUGAAGACGGUGGUGGAUUUGCCCACAGAAGGUCCAAUUAUUAACGUUUAUCUCAGAGGGGACAGAGUUUCAUUGUCUUAAGCAUUGAUACCUGCUCAGCUAAGCAUCUUUAUCAUCACUUUGUCAUCUUUUCUUACAGACUAUGUACUGUUCCCUGACGUAGGAUAAAGACAAAUGGCUUAGAAAUGUAGAACACUGAUUUGAAAGUUCUCCAAAAGUGAUCCACUUUAGUUUUCAAGUGCAGUCCCUGAUAUUGCUCAGUCAUGGGGCUGCAUCCCUUGAAAAAAAAUGGGUAUGGUUUGAUUACAUUUGCUGCUCAUCAGCCCCUUUAGUACUUUAAUUUAUGUGGGUAUCAGCUCUGCUGCAGCCACAGCCUUUCUACCAUUAAAUGCAGUAUGUGUAGUAUGAGUGUUCGACCACCAGAGGGUGAUGCAGCAUUGCAAAAGCAGCACUCAGUAUUUAGAUAUUUUUUUCUGUUUGCACCUGCAGUUGUUACCUUUAACAUGUUGAAAAUACUCUCGAUAUAUGCAGCUAUUUUAUUUUUCUUGAUAUAUUUUCAUGCAAAUGUUCUCCAGAUUGCAUCACUUCCCGUGUAAGACCACACAUGCACUCUGAGAAUUUGCCAGUAAGAAUUGAUGACUGUCGGGAAAACGGAGAGACUAAUCUUUCAGGAGCAAAACUGAAGAUACGUAUCAUUUUGUAGUCUUUGUUGAUAACAGAAAAUAUGCUAUAGUUCAGAUGGUUUGAUAACUGCCCGUUGCAUUGUACAAACAAGGUUUCUCAAAGCAUUGUAGAUAGUUAGAAUUAAAGGUUUAAUUUGAUGUUUUCAUUUGAGAGCUGGGGGAGAAAACGGCACAGUUAGAUUAAAGAUGAUCCAAAAUACUCCCUCCAUGAUUAAAGUAACGUUCUGGUCACUCUGUCCCUUUUCUCACAGUUUUGUACAAAGUCUAAUGGAGAUGUCGUUCUUCCUUAUACUCAUAAAGGCACAGACGUGAGAUUUGCAUGCAGUCCUCUUUUCCUUUCUUUAAUCCCAACUUCAGUGAAGUUAAUUAUCAAUUAACCGUCACAGAAAGCAUUUGACCAGAGUUGCCUGUUGGAGCCUUGAAUAAGAACGACCAUUAUCGGAUGAACUUUUUCAGCAACUUAGUAACACUGACUGAAAAAAAACCAAUUGUUAAUCUUUGCAGUGUGUGAAAAGGAAGUGCAUACUCUGGACUGAGCUCGAGAUACACAUCGUAUCUGUGUUGUUCUCUUUCUUUUUCUUCUAGACUUCGUCAACCUGUAUUUGUGGAAAUAUAUUUCAUGCAACGUGUAAAAUGCAACCUGUUAUUCUUGGAGAAAAGAUGUCAAGAUGUUUAUGAGUAAAGACUUGCAGAUAUAUGA